GAUCGUGCUCAAUUUAUCCCAGUGACACGCUGCAGUAUUUGAGUUCCGAGCAAUAGCGAUGCGGUAUUUAUCCAAUUGGCCUCUAGUUAUUUGGAUAAUAAUAAAAAUCACUCAAUUCAUUGUUAAUGGACAAAAUCAUGCACAACCUGAUACCUAUUUGCCCAACAAUCUUCCCAAGCUUUAUCGAUCUUCGCGUGAUGCACCAGUUGACAAGCUCACCAAUAUCCUGGAGAACAUGCAAUCACUUGCUCGACUCGUCAAUGGAAUAUCACUGGAGAUUGGAUUAAUGGAUGGAUCCAUACCUUCUGAUGAUGCAAUUGCGGAGCUACUCCACAUGGGACCUGUCAAGCUUCAAGAGCUCAUCUCUAUGGAUACAGCUGCUGCCAGUAAAUCAAUCAAGGACCUUGGAACUCUGUCUGGGACACUCCAAAGCUCUCCUGCUGAAGUUACUACUCUUGAGAACCGGUUAGUUAUCCUUGAAGCUAUUCGGAAAACUACGUCUAUUCCAAAUAUGUUUCAAGAGGAGUUACCUGGGAGGAAGGAAUAUGAGGCUGAACUGAAACGGCUACCAGAACUUAAUAACACAUCAAUAAUCAUUUCUGAAAUGAUUAAAAAUGUAAAAGCUGUAGAAGUGGCAUAGGCAGCCGACAAGUGCGAUAACAAACACAUUUUCCACAGUUUUCCUUGAUUUGAACACGACAGAAAAUAACGCAAACGAGUUUGAGCAAACACUUGUUUCGUUGAAAUUGCUCGAUUCCAUCAAAAACAUGUCAGCGUUCCUUGAACCGUUGUACCAGGAAAGUGCGUUCCGCAAGGAACUAACCUCGCCGGUGUCUACAACAGUAAUCUAUCAAGCUUUGAAUCAGUCCAGUGAACAAUUACAAACAAUUCGGAAAUAUGCUUCAAACACUAAAGCAUCCGAAUCUGAUUUGAAAUCUAUUCAACGACUGAUCAAUAGCCUAAAUUCCGCAAAUAUCGUCACCUUCUCUGCCGGAUUUCCCAAAGGACCUGAGGAUUUAGCAACGCUUUCUCAAUCACUAGAUAACAAGUGGGUUGUAAAGCACAUUGCAAACAGUUCUAACGUCGUCAAUGAAUUGAAUAAAGCGUUCGGGGCAUUGGAAAAUUUGAGAAAUAGAUUGACAACGGUACAUGGCACAUGGGCACAGUUAUCCGUCAGUUCCUAUCAAAAGUCAAUUGAAUCAAUUGUUAAAUUACAAGCGGAUACGGCUUCUCUUCCAGAAGAAACUGAUGUUUCUGGUACCAUUGACCUUCUGAAAAACUGCGAUAUAGAUCGUCGUUCGGCAUCAAUUCAUGUGAACAAUUUAGUUCUACCACUGCGGCUAUCAAAAACUUGAAUGAAGACCUUUCCAAAGUUCUGACAUAUGAUUUGCGGGACUAUGUCGAAAAACUUAAAGAUCUCAGUUCUUUGAAAAACAUCGUUGAGACAACCACUGAUGAUGUACAAGGAAAAGCUGCCAUUGAAAAAAUGAAAGCUGAUCCAAAGUUUGAGGAGGUAAAAACUAUAUUAGUUACUUUUCAACAACAUUUGGUCAGUCUCAAACAGUUAAUCGAAGGAAUCCAUUCAUUGGCUGGCAAAAUCAAUUUUUCCCUGAUUGAUGAUUAUUAUAAGGAGAUUAAUGAACCUUUGUACAAAAAGUUUUACGUUUGUCUAGGCAACAUCACUAACAAAUGGCCAAUCGUUCAAAAAGCUGUAUCAGUUGUUCAUCAGGUUCGAAACUUGACUCAACAAACAGUGAGUAGCGCUGGUAAAAUUGUCGAAGCCGUCUCAAACUCCAACCUCAAAAGCUUGCAAGUCUCCGGCAAUCGAAUGAGGAAUGUAACAAUUCGAGAAGCUUUGGCUCUCAAAAGUUCAUUCCCAAAUUCGCAAAAGAAUGCACUCAAUCUUGGAAUGGCAGUUCAAGGAUUGGCACAAAUCAAGUCACUUUUGGAGAAUCGGAAAAAGUUGGAGGAAAUUGGGAAUCAAGUUGAUGCUAUCAGUGAAGAUGCAAAAGGAGUUAUGUCGUUGACUGUGGAACAUCGGGAGAGUUUAAAUAGUCUGAAAAAUCUUUCAAAAUCCAUCAAGUCGCUGUUCAAGGAAGUGGAACAAUUCAUCGGUUCAGUAAAUGGUUUAAAAGAAACACGGAGAGAGAGGAACGCAGUCAAUUUCGCCAGUACUGGACAGAUUUGUGUUGAAGCUGCGAAGCUUGUUGGGAUUCCGAGUGUUGGUGAUGUGUCUGCAUUGAAGGCCGCGGUUGUAGCAGUGAAUCCGACAAAGUUCUCAAAAGUGAUUGAUGCAUUGGAUGUUCUGGCAAAGAUGGAUCUCAACUUCAAGAAGUACAAUUUCCAGUCAGCACCUGCUUCUUUGCAAGCUCUGGACCUCUUUUUUGUUAAUUACCCAUUACAUGCUCGUCCUCCACCGACUCCGAUUACGCCUUCUGGAUCCGCUUCUGCACCUGGCUCGGGAUCUGCCACCAAUGGAACCAACAGUGCUUCUAAUGAUGGUCCAGAGUCAUCUAGUAUGAUGUGGUAUAUCAUUUGCACUGGUGUUGGUGGCAGCCGGAGUGAUUGUGUAUAUCAUGAUGCGGAAGAAACCAGAGCCCCAGAACGUGGAAAAGCCUAUUCCGAAACCGAAUCCUCCACCCGCUCCAGCCAAACCAGAUCCAGUGCCAGUGGUUGUUGCAAUUGAUCCAGUUGUCCCAGCACCUCCUGAGGUCGUUCCGGAAGAAGUGAAAGAACUUGUCGUUGAGGAUACCCAAUCCUCUUUGAUGUCUGACACUCAAUAUAGCUGUAGAGAAGACUUGGUCGCUUCACUUGCCGAUCAUUCAGUGAAAGCCAUACAAAACCAGAUGGAUGAAAAUUUCAAGUUGCCAAAUGAAUGGGCAAAGUUGUUCAAUCGAUGCUUUGUCACACUUGCAGAGUUGAACGUUACUGAUUCUGAUGGUAACAGUUCCGAGAGAAUUUAACAUCUUCCGUUCAUUUGCGAGCCGAGUACAAUGGCAGUUUUGGAGGGAUUCAAGAAUCCAUUUAUCAAUGCCAAUGUGAUGAUGUUUGGGAGUACCGAAUGGAUCAUGGCGCAUUUAAUAUUACAUGCGGUGGAACCAAAAUGUGUCGGGCGCUACAACAGACCCAUCUAUAUUAGGGCAGGUUUGGGCAGGCGUCAGGCUCUGAAACCAGCUCAGUUGUACUAGUCCACUGUAGCUCAUUUCAAUCAAAAAAUAAACAUACGGGACCAAUGGACGGAACAGAGGAUAAAAAGGACGGAAAUCCAAAAAAAUCGACUUGUGAGAAGCAUUGGGCGGUUAUUGACCAGCACAACGUGGCGAUUUGUGUUCAAUUGUGUAGUUUUGUGGAGGGAGAAGAGAAGAAGUGUGCCGAAUACUAUUCUGACAAAGUUGGAGGAGUCUUGAAAUUUGGGCGAUAUUCGUUGAAGACAAUUGAUGUGAAGACUGAUUUGAAAGAGUUCACUGAUAAGAAGGGUUUCACGUUGUACACUGUGGAAAUCACCAAUUCGAAGAAGAAAGACGCACCGAAGAAAACCGUGGACAUUCUCUACUUUUCUGGAUGGCCGGAUCACGGAGCCCCACAAGAAGCAUACCCGGCUCUGGAAAUGCUCAAGUUCUGUGAGAGCUACAAGAAGAAUGUGCUUGUGCACUGCUCUGCUGGCGUCGGGAGAACCGGAACUCUGGUUGCUAUCAAGUAUGGAAUUGAAUUGUGUUUGAAGAAGAAGGUCAUCUAAUUGAAUGAAAUAAUCAUGCCGGUCCGCCAAUGCCGUUACGGAGCAGUCCAAGACGAAAGCCAAAUCACGUACCUCUUGCUUUUCGUGACAAAAGGAUUGAUGGAAAAGGUUCCGGUGACAUAUCUGCAUAGCUUCAACGUCCUGCAAUACUAUCACAAUCAAGUCAUCAGUGGAUUCUACCUGCCGACCGAAGUCGAACAAAACCCAGCAACUGGAAAUUACACUGCAGCUGCGAAAAAGGCAAAGGUGGAUAAGGAUCUUCAAUUGAUGGGCGAGUAUUGUAGAAAGAAGAGGAGAGAGUAUGCUGAGAGUUUGCCGAAAGAGUUGAAGGAUGAAUUUAUGGGAAAGAAGAAGAAGAAGGUGGAUCCGAAGAAGGGGAAAAAGUGA